CUCGAAGCCUCCCGUGCCAGCGCCAGAGCCAAUUCCAGUCCCAGUCCCAUUCUCCCAGCAGACUUCUCCGGCUCGCUCCUUCCCUCUGCAACCCGCGUCCUCUCCUGCCGCUGCCACGAUGCGUCUCUUCGGCCGCAAGUCCUCCAAGCCCUCCAUCUCGCCCGGCGCCAGCCAGCCCAACUCGUCCAAUGGCUCGCUGCGCUCCCCUGGCCCCGCGUCGACCAACGGCUCCAGGCCCACGAGCUUCCCCGACGUGCCUCUGCCCAAGGCCCCCGACCCGACCCUCGACCCCGCCGGCUACCUGCGCAGCAUCUACGCCGUCCGCGAGCGCACCCGCCUGGUGCUGGAGAAGGCCAAGAAGAACCAGCUGAAGCACUUCACCGUGGACCUGUCCAAGUUCGGCGACGUGACGAGCUUCGUGUGCGCCAUCAUCAAGCGCGACUACGACUCCGACUACGCCUCGAUCCCCCCCCACGGGCGAUGGCAGCACUUCGACGUCGGCGGCCGCCCGCGCAUCGACCAGCUGAUGGCGUCGUGGCCGUCGACUGUCGACAACAUGGAGCGCACCCGCCGCCUGCUCGAUCUCUUCCUCGUCUCGGUGCUCCUGGACGCCGGCGCCGGCACCAAGUGGCAGUACAAGAGCAAGGAGACGGGCCGCAUCUACCGCCGCAGCGAGGGCCUCGCCGUAGCCAGUCUCGAGAUGUUCAAGGCGGGCGCCUUCAGCAGCAACGCCAACGAGCCCUGCCAGGUCGACAGUGCCGGGUUGAGGCGGCUGGACGUCGGUGUCAUCGCGCGCGGUCUGCAGGUCACGGAUGCUAACCCAAUUGCCGGCCUCGAGGGACGCACCAGCCUGCUGCAGAAGCUCGCGGGCGCGCUGCAAAACCAAGAGGUCUUUGGUCUCGAGGCCCGCCCCGGAAACAUGAUUGACUACCUCCUCUCACACCCAACCACCCAGGCCUCAUCCGUGCCCAUCAUCCCCCUCCCCACCCUCUGGAACAUGCUCAUGGACAGCCUAACUCCAAUCUGGCCAGCUACACGAACCCAAAUCGACGGCCUCCCCAUGGGCGAUGCGUGGCCCUGCUCAGUCAUGCCAUCACACCCCACUCACCCCUGGGAGAACAUCGUCCCUUUCCACAAGCUGACGCAGUGGCUCACAUACUCGUUGAUGGUUCCCAUGACCAAACUGCUCAACAUCCGUUUUGCCGGUGCAGAACUUCUAACUGGACUGCCCGAGUACCGCAAUGGUGGACUAUUCAUCGAUACCGGUGUUCUGAUCCUCAAACCGGAAGACCACAAGCGGGGCAUCGCACAGUUCCAGCGCAACGCCCAGCUCAAAGGACAGCCAAGCAUGGAAGUCGUCCCAACGUUUACAGCCGACGACGACGUGAUUGUCGAGUGGCGCGCAGUCACAGUUGGCUUACUAGACGAUCUCCUCGUCGAAGUCAACAGCAUGCUCGGACUGAGCGGACCACAAAAGUUGAACCUAGCCCAGAUGCUCGAGGCUGGCAGCUGGAAGGGAGGCCGAGAGGUCGCAGAAGUGUCGCGACCCAAUACCAAAGAGCCGCCUAUCAUGAUCAUGUCCGACGGCACUGUUUUCUAAGAUACCCCAGUGUUUGAUUCCCCGCGUUGCCUUUCGUUCCAUUCGAUUCUGGAUUGCGUCCAGCGAAAGCGCGUUACCGAUCUUUCUAGUCACUAUCGUGCGACGCGACCUUCUUCUCACGGCCAAGUGGACGGCUAGUUAUGUAUGACGUACGAUCUCGACGGUCGAUUUUUGGUGGCAGCUUUGUGUUUAUACUGACUCUUCUCCCCUUUCUCAUUUUUGCUGGACUACCCACUUUCGCCAUGGAACGCUGGCCCCUUGUCUUCCUAGCCUGCUAUUUUUUUCGUUUGUACAUUCUCUUCUAUUGACAUGUUUUGGGAUCAUCGAGGGACUUGGACUGGGAUGGGAUUAUUUAGGCCUUUUUACCCCUCUAUCUAGCGAUAGCAAAUAAUCAAAAGCCGACAAAUCUUCGUCGAG